AUGAGCUCUGGCGCGCGUCCCAGUCCGGCAGCGACGCCCACAGCUCCACUCGUGUCCUUCAGCUCGGAUCUUCUCCCAUUCAGGUCCGAAGAUCACAGCGGAGAAGACACCGACGGCACGCACAGUAACGAUCCAGUGCACCACAUUGAGACCGACGACGCUAGCAGCGUCCACACGAUCGACCCGGCCACGGGCUACUCGUUGAGUGACGAGCGCAAGAAGGAGCUGCUGCAUAUCGCGUCCUUUGUGCGCGUAAACAUCAGCUUGGAGAGCAGCAGCUUCGCACCGGAAGUGAUCUCCUGUCUCCCGAUCGAAAUGGACGGCUGGCAACUGCGUCUGGCCAUUACAGAGAAAAAUUACACGAUCCACAACCAGAAAUUCUUCCCGUGUAAUGUCAAGGACAUGUUCGACUUUUGCUGGGAGACGAAUGUGGCUCAGAAGAUCUCUAUUAAGCACGGGAAGAAGCACUAUGUCGUUGUUACGCCUCUGGAUCAAGAUGUGGCCCACGUGUACUCGAAGACUACGGGGAAAUGGUCUUUGAACGUACACGGCGUCCCCAAUGUCAGCUACAACAGUCUUGUGUGUCGACGAUUCAUGCCGGAGGAACAACGAGCUAUUAUCUGUCAACAGAGUGUCUUGGAGGAGCGAGAUUUCCAGGACGAGAGCACGUUACCGUGGCUGUUCAAGCGGUGGGUUGUGUUCCGGCCCCAGAUUCAAGACGGCAUCGAAGGAACCUUUGUAGAGGCCUACCGCACGGCCAGCUACGCCACGGGGCGACUGAUUUACAAGGAGAACAAGACGUACGACAGCUUCUGCGAACACCUGAUCCGACGCUACGCCGAGUCCAACUCGCUCUUGGAGCGGAUGAUGGCGCGGGACAAGCGCUUCGCACACGCCUUCGACGCCAGCGUCCGCUCGAGCGCCGAGGCCGAGUCUGCCACUGUCUCGGACCGCAUGAUCAAGGAUCUGCUGCUCUUCUGA